GCAGAUCAGGACGAUGAGCUCGGCUCUCUUGCGUCACAGCGCCACCUGCUGCACCAGAGAACGUGAUGUUUCCUCUUUGAGCUGCUGAUGAAAGCGCCCAUGCAGCAUUGGCACUGGACCCUUUCCGAUGAGUCAGCGUCCCAGCAGAGCCGUAGUAUCUGGACAUCAUAAAUGCCAUUAUACCCGACUUGAUGAAGCACGCUGCAUUUUAAUUCUGUUUUUUUUCUGGAGCUAAUUUGAUCCGAAACGCACAAUGGAUCAGUUCCGUGGUUUGUUUGCUAAACUCGAUAAAAACAAGGAUGGAUUAAUAUCAGUGUCGGAGCUCGAAAAUGAAAUGAAAAAACACGGCAUCCUCUUGGUGGAUAGAAAGGUCCAGAAUAUUAUCGAUUCUUAUGACAAAAACAAAGAUGGACUGUUGGAUUAUAAAGAGUUCCUCAACUACAUGAUGGACAGGGAGAGGAAGUGGAAAAUUCACUUUCAUGACCUUGACAAGAAUAAGUGUGGAGUGAUUGACCAGGAAGACAUCAUAUGUUUGUUUAAGGAGUUAGGAGUGGCCAUUUCAAAGGCGAAUGCAAAAACAAUUAUUCAAAUGAUGGAUAAGGACAGUUCGAUGACGGUGGACUGGGCUGAGUUCCUGCACUAUGUCAUCCUGAACCCCGUGGACAUCAUCGGGGAGCUGGUGUCGUCAUGGAAACACAGUCUGGUUUUCGAUGUGGGUGAAAGUCGUGCGAUGCCCAUCGAGUUCCCAGAAGAGGCCUCUGGUUUCGGUGCAUGGAGGACGUUUGUCCUCGCUGCGGGUCUGGCUGAUGCUGUAUCCCGAACGGUGACGGCACCCAUCGACCGCCUCAAGACCCAGCUUCAGGUUCAUGGAUCCAAAGCCUUCUCCCAAGGCUUUCAGGAGAUACGGGCGGGUGGCCUGCGGUCCAUGUGGCAGGGCAACGCCGUCAACGUGCUGAAGGGAACGCCACAGUCGACGCUGCAGUGUCUCAUUUACGCCCAGAUGAAGGUGUGCACCCAGAACAGCGCUCAGGAGACUCUGACUGUGCAGCAGCGUUUCGGCCUGGGUUGCGUUUCCGGUGCUGCCGCUCACGCUGCGUUCUAUCCUUUAGAGGUGCUGAAGGUGAGGUUGAACCUGCAGCAAGCUGUCACCUACCAUGGCGUUUGGGCCUGCGCUCGAUCUAUUUGCAGAAAUGAGUCACUGUCUAGCUUUUACAGAGGAUUCAAGCCAAGCGUCCUCUGUAUGAUCCCUUACGCAGGUGUGGAGUGCGCUGUUCAUCAGUCGAUCUUAAACUGGGCAAAGCGUGAUCCAGCCUACAACAGUGACUCCAAACUGUUUUUCUUUAGUUUUGUCGCCUUUGCCUCCGGGCAAAUCACUAGUUAUCCACUGGCAGUUAUCAGGACUCAGCAGCAAGCACAAGCUUUCAGCUUAGAUUCACGUCCAGCUUCGGGUGUGCUAGAUGGACUGGUAGGGAUAUAUGAAAGACGUGGCAUUAGAGGAUUUUAUAAUGGAAUGGGAGCCAGCUUUGUCAGGGCUAUUCCAUGUGCUCUGAUAAACUACACUCUUACUAGAAAAUUUGAAAAUCUGGUUUCCUCAAUUUAAUCUUGAGGAAUUUAGCAAAGAAGUCUCAUCAAAAACUGUGAACUUGUAUGAAUGGUAACUACAGGACAUAACAUUACUGAAAUCCUGGAAAAUGUACUGAAGAUAUGCAAUUUUCAUGUGAUUUAAGAGUUUGCACUUUUUAAAACUUGAGUUAGCUGAAUGUAUAGCCAUGGACCAAUAUCAUAUUUGAAUGUGACAAAGUGUGAGGUUGUGUAAAUGUGGUGAAAUGUGAGCAUUACAUUAAAAUCUUAUUUCAUA